CAACUCCCACCGGGACCAUAACCACCACCGAUACCAUCCAUACAGAGCAGAGACUGGGGCGCUCAGGGGCAAGCACAUCACACCCUCAGCGCAAGUGACGCCUGCGAUGCCCAGCCUCAACCCCACAUCGUCCUUCCAAUCGCCCAUAAGCGGGACAGACUCUCUCUCCACCCUCUACCAGAUCCUCUCCCUGCUCAGUCUCCACUACCUCACCCUCUCCAUCUUCACACCACCCUUCCUCUCCGCCCUCUCCUCGACUCCAGCAUCCACACUCACAUUCGAUUCACCACUCAAUUUCGAAGGUGGGGCAGCUCAAGUGGGGAUGGUCCUCGAUUGGAGGGAGGUCUCUUCGCGAACCACAUUCGAUUGGUCUCCCCUCGGCGAGGAUUUCUUGAGUUGGAGGAAAGGAUUGACUAAAGAGCAACUGCUGGAAGGAUUGGACGAAGGAGAUCGAAUCGUAGCGCAGCACUGGAAGAUGGGCAGCGUCUGGCUAGGAGAUGUCGCUGGCGCCGGUGGCCCCCCUCCAGUGCUCAUCGAUGCACCGCGGGUAAUACGCCAGGGGAGCAGUGCGGCAGCUCAGCAGGCCAUCAGCGGCGAGACGGCUCAGGAGAUCAAAGAUGAGCUGGGUAGUUCGGGUGGGUCAGAGGCGGAGAGCGAUUUACAGCAGUGGGAAUGGAAGGCGACGAGGGAUCCUUGGAGGGGGUGGGCAAUCGCAAUGGCUUGGGCAUUGGCCUGCGCAGUCGACGUCUUCCUCCUCACAACAAUCAUCCGUCGCCCCAAGCACAUCCUAGAUCACGUCUUUACCCUGCAUCUCCUCAACCUCCUCCUAACCUCCUGGUACACCUCAUCCAUCCCCACCUCUCUCUUCUGGUGGGGCGUAAUGCUCCUACAUGGCGUCUGUUGUGUGCUUUGGAGCGAGAGGGUGGCCAUUGGGAGAGAGAUGAACGUGAGCGUUGGGGAGGGAUUAGUGGGUAGUGGAAGAGCCGGAGCGGGUGCGGGUGGGGAUGGACCUGGUGAUGCGGGGGCUGCAGAACAAGGCGAGAGUGGGAGUGGAAGUGCGGGGGCUCCACACGUCCUCUUUGAUGAAGAGACCGAGGAUGUAGAAGAGGAAGAGGCACGAGAGACGGAUGGGAUGCUCAAGAAACCCACAAUGGGCGCUUUUGCUCCUGGUGGAGGGCGGAGCAGUCCUUUUGGCGGGAGAGGCAGAGGGAGUGGGAGACAGACACCUACAGUCGGUGGUAGAGAGGCAGAGGGAGAAUUCAUCGAGAUGGAUAAGAUGCGCUCCUCUGGCCCUGCUCCUGGCACUUGAUCGACGAACACUAUGUAAAGGGAAAUGGUAUACCGGUAUCAACGAAGUAGUGUGCGUGGUCAAGACUCGGAACAGUGACAUGAAAGAAUGUCCUCUGUAGGAAAUGCAUAAGAUGGUAUCAUUGUUAAGGUAAAAAAGGUACAAGAGAGGAACAGCCUCCAGAUAUUGCCGGUCGGAACAGGGUGGCUCGAAGGUUGAUGGGAGGCAAGGGGCGGUGGCCGUGUAGACCAAUGCAGGAG